AUGGACGAGGCCAACUGGACGUCCAUCUCUGAGUUCGUGUUCUCAGGUGUGUCCGACCGGCAGGUACUGCAGCCUCUGAUCUUUGCAGGGUUGUUGGCCACCUAUCUGGUGAAUGUAAUUGGCAACUCCAUGCUGCUGGUGCUGAUGUGGGUCACCCCUCAGCUCCGCACCCCCAUGUAUUUCCUCCUCAGCCAGCUGGCCUUUGUGGACAUGUGCAUGGUCUCUGUCAUCCUGCCCCAGGCCCUGGUGCAUAUUCUGACCCAGCACCGGACCAUCUCCUACUGGGGGCUGUCUAUGGGAAACAUGGGGAGCUACCUGCUGGCUGCCAUGGCCUACGACCGCUAUGUGGCUGUAUGCAACCCGCUGCGCUAUGCCACUGUGGUGACUUGGUCCCUGUGCCUCAAGAUGGUGGCUGGCUCCUGGGUCGUGGUGCUUCUUCAUGCUCUGCUGGACACCGUCAUGGCUGCCCGGCUGCGCUACUGUGGCAACCGCCUGCAGCAUUUCUUCUGUGACCUGCCGCCCCUUCUGGUCCUCUCUUGCACUCGGCCCAUCACCAUCGAGUUGGUGAACUACACCGAGGGCGUCCUGGUGGUUCUGGCCCCUUUUGCCUUCAUCCUGGCCUCCUACAUCCACAUCGGGGUUGCUGUGGCCCGCCUGCGCUCUGCCCAAGGCCUGCGCAAGGCCCUUGUCACCUGCGGCUCCCACCUGACCGUGGUGAUACUUUUCUAUGGCACUACGACUUCACCCUACAUCUACCCAGACUCCAGUGAUACCCAGGAGAAGGACCGGGUGGCGGCCGUCUUCUACACCGCUGUGGCGCCUGCCCUGAAUCCCCUCAUCUACAGCCUGAGGAACAAGGACGUGGCUGCGGCCCUGAGGAGGGCGAGGAGGAAGGUCCUGGCUUGGGGCCAAUGA